CGUAAGGUGAAAAUUGUAUUCACUAUUAAUUUUUCUUAUCAUACAAUAGUUCUUAUAGUAACGAAACGGCCAAGCCACAUAUUUUGACUAAGGUGUAGAGUUUGUUAAGUUAGUUGUAGAGUUAGAAAUUUGGCUCUACAAGAGAUCUGAUAACUUAUUUACGAAACCAUAAGACUCGCUAUGGCAACAUUUUAACCUUUAGAAGAAUUUCAUUGAAUAGAGUAAUCAUUUUCAAGAGUAGUCAUUAAGCAGAAAAUUAAUACACAAAUUUACUUUUUGCAGAAUGAUAGUUUGGUACCCAUCACAAUUACCCACGAAACCAUUUGCCGAGAGACGGUAGAUAUACAGUGAUCAUUUGGUAUUUGUUAAGUAGAAGUUCUCUCUUAUUGAUAUCAGCUGACCACUGAACCUUAAUUAUUAUUAGUGAUACAAGAAAAAAUAUUUAUUAUCAACACGAGCACUUGUUUAUCCUUAUGGAUUAGGUAUUAGAAAAAUUUAACAGUCAAUACUUUUUAUACGCUUUCUAAAAAUAAUGCCGGCUUUUAAUUGACUGCCGUAGUACUUUUAUUUUUGAGCGUAGGUAUCUUGGUACCUUUAGAUAUUUACAUGUAUAAAAAGGGCCAUACCGGAUCCGGAGAUACGAAAGCAUUUCCGCCCUAGCUCAAACGGAGACCUUCUAACGUUCGGUAAUGCUGCGAAACGAUACGAUAUUCGGUGACAUGUUAUCUGCGAAUCAAUAAUCUGCUAAAAAUCGGUAAGGGAAUCAUUAGUUACCCAUUUUAAAGACAGGGUUCGAACCCCUGAACUUGGAAGUUGGGCACCACGCUGCUCGCCCACCGAACUCGCUAUAGGGACCGUGCGCGUUGGAGGGUCUGCCAUCUUGUGGCCUGAAUCGGAACCAUAAAUAUGUACAUUUACACGUCACGUGUUUUCUUGUGCAUAGUAGGUUCUGCCAUCUUUUGGGCUACAUCGGAAUAAUAAAAAUCACAUAUACGCCUCGCGCCAAAAAUCUGACGGCUCCUGUGCUGCCUCCUAUAGUUCAUGCACGCUCCCUAUAGAAUGUCGCCACUCUGAACUUCUGAAGCCACAGCUACACAUACACCAAAAGCAAGAAAUGCGUGAAGAUAGGUUAAUAUCAAAACAUUAAUGGAGAUAAACAAUACGAGUAUAAGAGAGAAACCUACCACAAAAAAAACUGUGGUAUUGUUCUAAAUUUAAAUCUAUGUUACCUACAUACUUUAAUUAUUUAAAAUCUGCUGAAAUCGAUUCCUGUAGGUAUGUAUUACACCCACUGCAAUAGGAAAUAAUAAUGAUAACAUUUCCUUUGGCCUAAUCUAACCUAAGUUAACCAGAAAAAAAAUCUGUGAAAAUUUUGAUAAGUAGUAAAAAAUAAUUUUCCUAAAAUCAGACAUCAUGCGUAGAAUAAUUUUAAUUCACACCAUGUCAUUGUAAAAUAGGUAGCAGGCGUAUAGGCUGUACCAUAAAUAUUUACGACUUUUUCAAAUAUUUAUUUAAGAUUGUAUUUUUAUUUUAUUUCAUUUUUAUUACCCACUCUGUUGAGAAAAUAAUUUCACAAUGCAAACCAACAAUUUUUAGCCCAAAGUAGUGUCGUUUAUCAAUGAAAACUAAUUAGAAAUGCUUAAUUUAUCAUUAUCUUGUGUUCUUUUACCCAUUCCAUUUUAUUCCGAGAUGUAUUAGAGAAAUGAACGUAAUAAGAAAAACAUUUGUGGGGCAGAAAAUGAUACAGACUGUUAUUACCACCCUGACCAUUUGGAGUUGGACUCAGGCGCAUGUGUUAAACGAAGGGGACCACUGCUCACUGGCACAGUCGUGUCUGCAUGACGGCGCCGAGGCUCGCGGCGUCGACGGCGACGGCCGGACCAUCCGCCUCUUCCUCGACGCCUGCGAUCUGUACGAGUACAACUGCGACCAUGGCACUAAUUUCCAAUUAAUAACCAUAACAAGCCCGUGUACAGAAGAUGAAAUUACGGAGAAUACAGAAACUGUUACGGAAAAUGCAGAAACGAUACAUAAACUGGACUCGGAUCAGUGGACUCCUGACGCGGAUGAUUACAACCCUGUGCAACUCGAUGAUAACAAUGUUGAUGAAGAGGAUCCAGACGAUGUUCAAAAAUUAGACUUAAAAGCAGGGUAUUACAAAGGACUUAAAAAUAAGAACGCAAUUCAAAACUGAUUAAGUGAGCGUUAAUCGCAGUCUUUACCUGAUAACAGCAAAGCUAUAGAGAAGUUUUAUGAAUGUACAGUCAGCUGCAGAGAGAAGUGACCCCCCCCCCUCUCCCUACAGAGAAUGGAAAAUAUUUAGAAGUGGAAAAACGUUUUCUCUUUUUGUAUGGACGAUCACGUGGUAUACUUCCCUCUUAAGAGGAAAGGGGACAGCCGAUUCUCCAUACAAACGUGGUCCCCAGUUUCCUCUGUGGAUAUUACUACGUAAUUUGGUCGGGUUAUUUGUUGCCCCUCCCCCAUUUCAUCUCUAUAUUAUUAUACCUCUAUGGUUCAUGUAAUCCCUUAGCCUACCAAGCACAACCGGGGAGAUUAGGAACUAUUAUUUAAAGCUGAAAGCUGGUCACUUUUGCAAUAGUUCUGCCAUAAGAGAUUUUCCUCCUUUUGAUUCCACACUCCAUACUUGCCAUCACACUUAAAACAAAAACGCAUCUCUAAUACAGUGUGUAAAUCUAAUACGAUACAUUAAACCAGACAUAGAACUCA